GGACUCGCCGAACUGCAAAGUGCAACGGGUUGGUUCCCCUCGCUGCUUCGACCUUUCCGCCGUCCGAUCCAAGAUCGUGCGGGCCACAGCUGGAGCUGCCGGCAAUUGCAUAGUCCGCGAGGACCGCGACACGCGAGCCCACCGUCCCCGGCCCGUCCCUCCUCCCCGCGUCCGACGACCUGCUCCGCCGCGCCGAUCGACUCCAUCUCACCCACGCCGCCGCCGGUGAUCCGGGAGGCAGUCGAGGGGCCAGCGCGCGACCGGAGGGGAUGCGGCAGCAGCGGGGCGUCGGCGGGGGCGGGGGCCGGCGGGAUCCGGGGUUGCUGACCAGGGUGGUGGACAAGGUCUUCCGCUUCGUCCGCCUCGCCGAGUUCGAGAUCCUCUUCGUCCUCUUCUUCCUCAUCGCCUUCAUCCUCUUCAAGGAUCUCAUGUCUCGACCAGAUUACAACCAGAUCUUUGUCAAGAAGCCUGAUCAAGAUGACCGCUGGCCUUAGAGGGGCAUGGCGUUUUCUUCAUUUAUAUUGCUUACAUCCCCUUGAGCUCUGAGCGAAUUUGUGUAUGAAAGGCAGUACUUUUUUGGUCAGUGAUGUAUGCCAAAGAUUACCACCAUUCAGGUCUGGAUGACUGGCUCUGACAGUAAUCUUGUUGAGAACAAGCUUAUGAUGGUUCCUAGUCACUCGGAAUCUUCAAAACCUAGAUAGGCCAUGCAUCUUUUUUUAGUCAUCAUUUGAUGAUGGACCGCCUUGAAGAUCCAAAUGGUGUUCUUCAUCAUGAUCAUAACAACUGAAGUUACUGAUAGCUCUGUCUUGUAGAAAACUGGGGUGUGACUAUCAGAUAAAUGUCUCACAGUAUCCACUACAUAGAUUCAUGGGAUCAUGGUUAUUAGAUUUCGCUCCAGCUGUUAUAUUGUUUCCGCCAGUGGAUAUUUGUUUUUGGUAAUAUAAGGUGCAUUGGGCAAUUUGUGUGCCUUAAGACUUCA